AUGGCUUCUCCCAGGCUGGAGACCUUCUGCUGCCCCAACCGGGACGCAGCCACACAACUGAUGUUGAAUUUUCAGCCUCAAGUUUUCAACGGCAUCUGCCUGGGAAGUGCUUCAGCCAACUUCCUGCUCAGCAUCUUCCAGCUCCUUCCCAAACAAGGCCAAGGCCCCAGGAAACUAACUCAAACCUCCUCUGCCAGCAUCCUGCUCUUCAUCUCUGCCUGUGACCUUCUUGGCUGUCUGGGUGUAAUAUUCAGGUCCACAGUGUGGUUAGGAUUCCCAGAUUUCGUUGGAAACAUCUCGGUGGUGAAUGGGACAGAUGGAUGGCCCUCAACUUUCUGUGUAGGGAGUGCAAUGUGGAUUCAACUGCUCUACAGUGCUUGCUUCUGGUGGUUGUUUUGCUAUGCUGUAGAUGCCUACCUCGUUGUUAGAAGGUCAGCAGGCUCAAGUACAAUCUUUCUGUACCACUUUAUGGCCUGGGGUCUGGCCAUCCUGCUCUGCGUGGAGGGGGUUGCUAUGCUUUACUACCCUUCUAUGUCCAGCUGUGAAAACGGUCUGGAGCACGCAGUUCCACACUACAUCACCACAUACGUCCCACUCCUCCUCGUCCUGGGACUUAACCCAGUCCUGUUCCACAGAACGAUAGCUUCAGUGGCCUCUUUGCUGAAAGCAAGACAAGGUAUUUACACUGAGAAUGAGAGACGCCUGGGAGCAGUGAUUCAAGCCCGCUUUUUCAAGAUUAUGCUGGUGUUCAUUAUUUGCUGGUUGUCAAAUAUCAUCAACGAGGGCCUUUUGUUCUACCUUGAAAUGCAGCCAGAUAUCAAUGGAAGCCCCUUGAAAAAUGUCAGAAAUGCAGCUAUGAUCACGUGGUUUAUAAUGGGAAUCCUGAAUCCACUGCAGGGAUUCCUCUUCUCCAUGGCUUUCUAUGGCUGGACGGGGUGCCACCUGGACUGGAAGUGUCACCAUAAAGAAAUCCAGUGGGACUCGAUGACCACAUCCGCUGCUGACCAUGCCUACAGCUCUCCCGUGGGAUCAUCUCUCAACUAUGAAAGUUACGCCCCGGGGAAGAUGGUGGUGGUGAAUGGGAACAAUUCCGAUGAGGCGUUAGGCAUGCUGUCUGAAGGUUCCGAUGCCAGGACGAUUGAAAUCCCUAUUGCGAGUGCAUCUUAUAACCUAAAUGAUGUUGAUGCCACUCCAGAGACCCAGGGGAAUCAUGAAAAGCAAGCGCUGGUGAACUAGAGAGUUGGAUUCCAGCGCCAUUCUGAAGGACCUAUUUGAGGAUUUCCUGUUUUACCAUCAUCCUACUUUAUUCCCCACAGCACAAUUGCCUCACCGUGACUCUUCCCUGCAGCCUGAGUUUGAGGGCUAGAGAGGGAUGUC